GAGCUAAAUAAAUGAAGAUACAGGAAGCUCUGUCUCUCUCUCCAAUCUAAUAGUGGGAACUGGAAAGGCACGACUAUACUAGUUUCAUCCAAUUUUUGCAAAAGAUCGUUGAAGAUACAUACAGGAGGACACUAGGAAGGAGCUGAUUUUGAGUGUGGAUAAUAUCAUCAAGACGGGUUAUAGUAACAGCCGGCAACCAAUUUGCAAUCUGGACUUUCCCAAAAUGAGUGUCAAAAUGUAGCCUACGGACAUAGGCCUAUAUACAACCAUCCCGGGCCUAUGUCCUGCGCACACGAGGCUGAGGUAGAUGUAGUCAAUCCCUAGCCAGACUUCAUUGAUGCCAUGUGUGUAUCGGAUGGAAGAUAGCCUGUCCCAAUUAUGCGGAACAUCUCGAAGUGCGUACGCUCUCGGAAGUUGGGACUGUUAUGAAUCGUUAACUCCCGGCUGAUUCUGGAUCUUUCUCUUUACUUCUCUGCCUAAGAGAUUAUUCAGCUUGGUUUUGUAGUAUCUUCCCCUAAUGAAUACCGAGGAGGGGAAUUGCUUAGGAUGGGCAGCAAGAGAUCCAACUGGUGUUCUAUCUCCUUACAAAUUCAAUCGCAGGGUAGUUGGAGCUGAUGAUGUUUCGAUUAAAAUUACACACUGUGGAGUUUGUUACGCUGAUGUUGUACGGACAAAGAAUAAAUAUGGAGAUUCUCGAUACCCAGUGGUACCUGGACAUGAGAUUGCUGGAAUUGUAACAGAGGUUGGACCUAAUAAUCAUCGAUUCAAAGUUGGUGACCAUGUUGGGGUGGGAACAUAUGUAAGUACGUGUAGAAAUUGUGAAUAUUGUGAUGAUGGGUUUGAAAAUCAUUGCUCUGAAGGUUCAGUUUACACCUUCAAUGGUGUUGAUGUGGAUGGGACAAUCACGAAAGGAGGAUACUCUAGUUAUAUUGUUGUUCAUGAAAGGUAUUGCUACAAAAUUCCAGAUAACUAUCCUUUAGCUUCAGCGGCACCGUUGUUAUGUGCUGGAAUUACAGUUUACUCACCGAUGAUUCGCCAUAAGAUGAAUCAACCAGGAAAAUCCCUCGGUGUAAUUGGACUAGGUGGUCUUGGUCAUAUGGCUGUCAAGUUUGGUAAGGCUUUUGGAUUAAACGUGACAGUUCUCAGCACAAGUAUGUCUAAGAAAGAGGAAGCCUUGAGUCUCCUUAAAGCAGAUAAGUUUGUGAUCUCAUCCGACGAACAACGGAUGAAGCACGGUGCAAAGUCGCUUGACUUCAUUAUUGACUGUGCAGCAGGAGAUCACCAAUUCGAUCCAUACAUGUCGCUUUUGAAAACAAACGGCACACUAGUGUUAGUGGGGUUUCCAAGUGAGAUUAAGCUCAGUCCCGUGAGCCUUAAUAUCGGAUCAAAAACAAUUGCUGGAAGUGUGACAGGCGGAACAAAAAAUACACAAGAAAUGAUAAAUUUCUGUGCAGAACAUAAAAUACACCCUGAGAUUGAAGUUAUCCCGAUUCAGUAUGCAAAUGAAGCACUCGAAAGGCUAAUAAACAGAGAUGUAAAGUACCGGUUCGUCAUUGAUAUUGAGGGUUCUUUGAAAUGAGUGAAUAAGUGAAAACAAGAAACUACUAGAUUCUACAUUCACUGCCACACUUCAUUGAUACAUUUUUGAGCAUGUGUCAGAAAAUUGGAAACCAUUGUUAUAGGUUUUCCCUAUUUCAUACCCCUACUUUUCCUAUUUCCCAUCUGCCUUAAUUCCUAAUCCCAAUUAUCCUAAGUACCAUCCAAAAGAAAUUUCAUAUAUCCUAAAUCUCAUCUAUUAAUUUUCAA